AUGGCGGGAAUGGAGAAUAUUUACUCGGCUACCUACAGCAGUGUUCCGGUGUACGAAUUUAAGAUUGAUGGUGAUAGUGUGAUGCGACGGAGAGGCGAUGACUGGGUCAAUGCAACACACAUUCUGAAGGCAGCCGGUUUUGAUAAGCCUGCCAGAACUCGUAUUCUCGAACGAGAGGUGCAGAAGGGGGUGCAUGAAAAAGUGCAAGGAGGUUACGGCAAAUAUCAGGGAACAUGGAUUCCUUUACCAGAGGGCCGGAUGCUUGCGGAGCGCAACAGCAUCUUCCACAAGCUAGCUCCCAUCUUCGAAUACGUUGCUGGAGAUCGCAGCCCCCCGCCAGCCCCGAAACACUCGUCGGCUGCUUCGAAGCCGAGGGCUCCACGCAAAUCUACUAAUCGUUCUGCUGCGACAGAAAUAUUCAAUGUGUACGAAAUGACUGCGGGAUUUGAUGACAACGAAUCCCUCGAACAAGCGACGAUCGAGUCGUCGUCCAUGGUUGCUGAUGAAGAUAUGCUGCAGAUGUCUCAGCACGGAGGACGUAAGCGCAAACGUGGUAUGAAUGAGGCAAACGUUAUGUCUAUCAGUGAGCAGGAGCACAUCAUAUAUGGUGAUCAGCUUCUAGACUAUUUCAUGACUGUGGGCGAUGCUCCACAGGCUACACGCAUUCAACCUCCAGAGCCCCCGGCCCAUUUUCAAAUUGACCGACCCAUCGAUGAUUCUGGGAACACGGCCUUGCAUUGGGCAUGUGCGAUGGGUGACUUGGACAUUGUUCAGAACCUCCUUCGUAGGGGCGCCAAUGUGAAGGCACUGUCAGUCCACGAAGAGACUCCGCUUGUUCGAGCUGUUCUGUUCACCAACAACUACGAGAAGCGAACUUUCCCUGCUCUGUUGGAUGUUCUGCUGGACACCAUUUCUUUCCGAGAUUGGUUUGGGGCGACUCUGUUCCAUCAUAUUGCCGAAACUACUCGCAGCAAAGGAAAGUGGAAGAGUUCCAAGUACUACUGCGAGGUUCUUUUGGACAAAUUGUGCAAGACAUGUUCUCAGGAGGAGAUGGAUCUUUUGCUUUCCUGUCAAGAUGACAAUGGCGACACUGCGGCUCUGGUGGCUGCUCGCAACGGUGCAUUCCGUCUAGUACACAUGUUGCUCAAUCAUUGCCCUCGGGCUGGCGACCUGAUGAACAAGAAAGGGGAGACCGCCAACAGCAUGCUUCAACGCUCUCACAAUAUCGACCAAGAUAUCCCGCCGGCCCCGUCGUCUGUCACCAUGGCCAACGACCAUCUGGAUGGUGCAGGCGGCGAUCUCAUACCGGGUCGUCAGUCUAUGGCCCCGCCAGUAGAUUCUGCUGCAACGUCCGAUCUACUGUCAAAGAUUGGCUCCAUCAUGGCCGAGGCCAACAAGAAGCUUGCGGCAACUUAUGGUAACUCCAAAUUAGAACAGCAAGAUUCAAACGAUAUUGCCAAUCCCGAAGCACUGUUCGAACAGCUUGAAUUGGAUCGUCAGAAGAUCCAGAAGCAAGUCUCAGUCCUCGCCGCCAAAGAGGCAGAGUGUGAGCCUAGUGAAAGCCAAAUGGGGCGAUAUGAGAAGCUGCGGGCCAGCUACGAGUCUCUACUCGAGCAAACACACCAACGUGCUCUUUCCCCUCAACUGGCUGCUUCAGGCCCAGUCUCCUCCACCUCGGAUGCGUCCGCAAUUGGACCAGAGGAGCUCCUACAUCGCUAUCAACUCGCACGCGAGCUGUGUGCUGCCCAGAAGACGCGCCGCGACACGGUGAGAGCUCUGGCUCAGCAAACAGCCGACGCAGGUGUGAGUACGAAGUUCGACGUGCACCGCAAACUCGUGGCUCUAGCUACGGGUUUGAAGGAAGAAGAGCUUGACCCAAUGGCGGCCGAGCUGGCAGAGACCCUCGAAUUCGACCGAAUGAACGGUAAGGGUGCGUCUCCGGACCCAGAGCGACAGCUACAGAAUGAAGCACAUACCCUCCCCUCAGGUACCGGUGUGCCCGUGGAUAUCUGUAUGUCGGCGGCGCCCGUCCCCGACAAGUAG